AUGACGCAGUUCAGACCUUGCAUAGAUCUGCACGCAGGCUCAGUCAAGCAGAUCGUCGGCGGCACGUUGUCGACGGACAACGCAGGACUCAAAACGAACUUCACAUCAGAGCAUCCAUCCGCAUUUUUUGCAGAGCUUUAUAAGAAGAAUGAUCUACGAGGAGGCCAUAUCAUCAUGCUUGGUCCAGGAAAUGAUGAGGCAGCUCGGUCAGCUUUAGCAGCCUGGCCAAAAGGUCUCCAAGUUGGCGGCGGCAUCAACGAUACCAAUGCCAAACAGUGGAUAGAAGCGGGUGCCGAAAGGGUCAUCAUUACAUCUUUCUUAUUUCCCUCUGGAACCUUUUCUCUUGCAAGACUGCAAUCCGUCCUCGAUGCGCUGGGAGGCGAUAAGGAGAAACUCGUGAUCGAUCUCAGCUGCCGACGUGUGGGCGAAGGCUGGAGAGUAGCCAUGGACAAGUGGCAGACCAUCACGGAAUUCGAGAUCAACAAGGAGAACAUCUCCAUGCUGGAACCGUACUGUAGUGAGUUCCUGAUCCACGCUGCCGAUGCCGAAGGUCUGCAGGCGGGCAUUGAUGAGAAACUGGUCGGCUACCUGGCGGAGAUUUGUACGAUUCCUGUGACCUAUGCAGGCGGAGGCCGGAACCUUUCAGACCUGGAGCUGGUCGAACGUCUCAGCGGUGGCAAAGUCGACCUCACGAUCGGGAGUGCUCUGGACAUAUUUGGGGGCAAAGGCGUCACUUUCGAGGAGUGCUGUCAGUGGAAUCAGUCCCGGAGAUCGUCGUAG